AUGCCAGUCAAUAAAUUUGAGCAAAUUAGAAGGUUUAUUCACUUCAAUGAUAAUGCACAGGUGAAUGGAGGUGAUAAGUUGCAUAAACUAAGACCCAUUCUGGAUCAUUUACUUGAAAAAUUCAGAAGCAUCCCUUUUGAAGAAGAGCUCAGUGUUGAUGAACAAAUGUGUGCCACAAAGGCUCGUCAUCAUUUGAAAAUGUAUAUGCCUGAUAAGCCACAUAAAUAUGGCUACAAAAUUUUUGUAUUAUGUGGUGUAUCUGGUUUUGCCUACAAUUCAGAAAUUUACACCGGCAAUGAAAAUAAAACACGUCCUGAUGAUGAGCCAGACAUGGGAGCCAGUAGCAACGUUGUAGUUCGUUUAACUCGGCCUUUGGAAAGUAACCAGAACUUCAAACUCUACUUCGACAACUACUACACUUCAUUGGUACUGCUUGAUUUUUUAAAAAAAAGAGGGAUCUACUCUUUAGGAACUGUCAGACGAAAUAGAGUCACAAAUUGCAAAAUGCGAGAUGAGAAGGCCAUCAAAAAACUUGAGAGGGGAGCCAUCAUCGAAUACACAUGCGACUAUGAUGGGACAAAUAUUUCAAAUGUCCUCUGGAAAGAUAACAAAGCAGUUAUUCUCCUCUCUACUUUCUCUGGUACGAAUCCAACCACACAUGUAAGACGUUUUGAUAGGAAAGAGAAGAAGGAGGUGAUGGUAAAACGCCCCCAUAUUGUGACAACCUAUAAUAACGAUGGGGUGGUGUCGACUUAUUAG